AUGAUAGCCCCUAUUCAAAGAGAGUUGAACUUGCUCUCAAGAUCAAAGGCAUACCUUUCGAGCUUGUGCGAGAGGGACUUGAGCAACAAGAGUCCAUUGCUUCUCCAACACAACCCAGUCCACAAAACGGUACCCAUGUUGAUUCACAACGGUAGAGCUGUUGUGGAAUCACCUGUCAUCAUUGAAUAUAUUGAUAAAACUUGGAAUCUCAUACCUAAACUCUUGCAAGAAGAUCCAUAUGAAAGAGCCAGAGUUACGUUUCUGGACUGGUUACAUCCAACUGGGAAUCGCAAAAUCCGCAGGGAAGAUCCAGGGGUUCUGGAUAUCAUGAUGGUUGCAACACUAAAGGAUUUCAAGGCUCAAGAAAAGGUCCUUGGCCUGAAGAUUCUGGACCCAGAAAAGAGUCCACUCAUAUACACCUGGGUGACAACCUUACUAGAGCAAGCUUUAGUGAAAGGUUUCAUUUAUCAAGCUUUUUAG